CCCAUUCAGCUUAUCAUCCCGUAUAUAUGAUCACAAGCUGGAGCAGCUGCUCUCGCCUUAUAUAUAAAGACAUCGCAAUCCAGCCUCGGAUGGAUGCCGGUCCAUCAAUUCCCCCAUUGCAAAUUACUCUUCGUCGCACUCGCACAUGCAAAUUUUGGAGAAUUAGUUGGACUUAGACAUGGUGAUGAUGAUGGGGCACGUGGUGGCGCUCCUCUCGGCGGCUCUCUCCGGCUCCGGGAAGGCGGCGGCGGAGGAGCAGUACGUGUACCAGUCGUCGGGCUGCUGCGUGUGCAUCUCGAGGUUCCGCGACGGGGAGGAGAUACGGAGGCUGCCGUGCGGCCACGCGUUCCACCGGGACUGCGUCGACCGCUGGCUGGCGCUCUGCGGCCGCCGGACCACGUGCCCGCUCUGCCGCCUGCACGUCGGCGGCGUGGCAGCCGCGGUGGCGGAUGUCGAUGAUGACCACAUGCAGCUCAGUGACGAUCUCGUCAUCUGGUUCUCUUCCCUCUUCGUCGCCGGCUUGUAGGAUUCUUAGUCAAACCGGUCGAUCGUGUAAGUAGGAUACGAUCGACUCAUAUACAGAGGAACCUGGCAUUUGCCUGCCCGGCUUCCCUCUGCACGCAUUGCACCGCGCCCUCAUAAUUCGCUUCUGCACUUUGAUGUUUCCCCCAGUUCUACUUCUUCCUCUGCGAAGACUGCUCAUCUGGCAAUUGCUUCACUGCUAAACAGCUCCUAGUAUCGGUUACUGUUCUAAAAGAGGAGUAGAUAGAAAGUUGGGGCCAAACAGUACCUAACCACUACUUCUUGUGUACGUACUACUAUUAGUUUAGCUCAUUAAUAAUUUAGGAAUGAUGUUUGUCGCCCAAUAAUGAGGAAAGAGGACUGGUGGGGAAGAAUGCAAGCCUGUUACUGCUAGCUAUAUAUGCUCUCCUUCAGAAAAUGCGGGACUCUGUUUUUUUCUUCUC